UCAGCUCUGAGAUCAAACCCCUCACACCUGAGAAACCUGGAUCUGUAUGAGAAUAAACUAGGAGACUCAGGAGUGAAGAUGAUUUCUGCUGUACUGGAGAAUCCUCACUGUAAACUGGAGGAUCUGAGGUUGAUUAAGUGUGGUGUCACAGAUGAAGGUUGUGCUGCUCUGGCUUCAGCUCUGAGAUCAAACCCCUCACACCUGAGAAAACUGAUUCUGUCUGGGAAUAAACUAGGAGACUCGGGAGUGAAGAUGUUUUCUGCUGUACUGGAGAAUCCUCACUGUAAACUGGAGGAUCUGGGGUUGGGUUAUUGUGGUGUCACAGAUGAAGGUUGUGCUGCUCUGGCUUCAGCUCUGAGAUCAAACCCCUCACACCUGAGAAACCUGGAUCUGUCUGGGAAUAAACUAGGAGACUCGACAGUGAAGCUGUUUUCUGCUGUACUGGAGAAUCCUCACUGUAAACUGGAGGCACUAAGAAGACUUCGCCAACCCAGAUCCAGCAGCUUCUAUGAGCGUGUCCAGUCCCAGCAUGGAUCCCGUAAGGCACCUUGUAAGCCUUCGUCAAGUUCGCCAGUUGCAACGCACUCAAGUACCCUGGACACGAUGGAUGAGAUGGCUGCUUUGCCAGUGCCCACGGGCAAGAUGGCCGCCCCCUCGGAGCUUAAGGAUAUAGGGGGCAUUCCAGCCAUUGAGUCCGCUCCAGAACCCGCUCCAACUGGAGAACCCUCGCCUCAGCCUCGGAAGAGGAGAAGGAGGAGGAAGAAGGCUUUUCUGAUUCUUCAAGGCUCAGAAGCCUUCCAAGAGCCCGCUGUGGGUCCGGAGACCACUCCAGAGGUCUCUCCUGCUCCGCCCAAGCGUCAUGCUCUCUUGAGAGAUUGUGGUGUCACAGAUGAAGGUUGUGCUGCUCUGGCUUCAGCUCUGAGAUCAAACCCCUCACACCUGAGAAAACUGGAACUGUCUAGGAAUAAUCUAGGAGACUCGGGAGUGAAGCUGUUUUCUGCUGUACUGGAGAAUCCUCACUGUAAACUGCAGGAACUGAGGUUGAUGGAUUGUGGUGUCACAGAUGAAGGUUGUGCUGCUCUGGCUUCAGCUCUGAGAUCAAACCCCUCACACCUGAGACAUCUGGAUCUGUCUAGGAAUAAACUAGGAGACUCGGCAGUGAAGCUGCUCUCUGAUCUGGAGAAUGAUCCACAUUAUAAACUGGAGACACUAUGCACAUGACAGUCUGAUCUCCUCAUGAUCAUCUGAUGGUGAAUAAGGAUCCACUACAGAGACUCACAGUCAACAGAAUCAACAGACUGAAGAUACAGUGACUUCACUGUUAUAAAUUAAGAUUCAUUUAGAUCUCAAUGAUCCUCUGACAGACCUGAUGAGGCGGCAGUGAAAGAGCAAAGAAACCGGCUCCACCUCCCGACAGCUUCCUUUAAUUUAGACCUGCAAACGCUUGAGGCAAAUCAGACUAAUAAAGAUACUGUAUCUUCUUCCACAUGGUCACCAAUCAGGAGCGACGAGUGAUCAUGGGAGUCACUUGGUCCCAAAUGAUCCGCGUCUGUCGAGCACAGAGAGAGGGAGGAUCCAUCAGAGUCCAUUAAUAAUAAAAUACUGGAAUUCAAUAAACGCUCCAUGUUAGUUUGACAGGUGGAGAUCAGUCUCUAGUGUAGUGAUGAGUCUGGACUGGAGCGAUAGAUAUAGAAGAGUGAAUGUAAAUCUGUGAAAGUAACUGUAUGAGCAACAAGUCAAGUCACUUUUAGUUAUAUAGCACUUUUUACAAUGCAGAUUGUGUCAAAGCAGCUUUACAGUGAUAACUGGUAUAUCAUUUUGGCUCUUAAAGAAAAUGGUGUCAUUAUCCAGCUUAAGUAAAUUCAGUAUUGAUUCAUUCCGAUGUAAGAAACAAUAGUUAUUAAUUUAGUUAAUAACUAGCUCUACUGCAUGAUCUUCCCUGGCUACCUGUGGCAUCACGUUUUCACUUUAAGAUAUUAUUUCUAACAUUUAAGGCAUUAAAUGGUCUUGCGCCUCCAUAUCUGUCUGACCUACUCUACUCCUACUCUCCUGCCCGGUUCC